UACGCGCAUGCGUUGCUCCAGCGAUGGGGAUGUCACUCAAAACAAUCUAACAUCGAACUCUAUACUUUAGUAAAGUGUUUUACAACUAAAAUCCUGACUGCUAGUGAGCUAGGCCUACGCCAUCAUAUUAUUAACAAUAUUAUCAUUUUGCAAUGACUAGCUUAUUUUAGCCACUAGAUUCUACCUUCUGUAGAUUUGUAGCAGCUAAGACUUUUAUUCUGGUCUCAAAUCAUCAGCAACCAGUGUCCUGUACAUCUAGUAAUAAUGAGAUGGCUGAGCUACAGGCUACCAUAGAGAUCUCUGUGGAGCUGAAUAAAUUCUACAAUGUGGACCUUUUCCAGCGAGGGUACUACCAGAUACAGACUGUCCUCAAGACACCCCCCAAGUCACCAGCCAGGGUUGAAGUCAGUGACAACAAGCUCAACACAUUGAAAGGGACUUCAGAAAACACAGCAGCUUUUAUUCAGAGCUCCAUUGGGAAGAGCCAGAAGUUCCAAAUUCUCUACAGGAAUGAGGAAGUGGAGGUUGCGGACAUCUUUAUAUACAGAAUACAUAUGCUGGUUGAAAGUUCAAAGUUAGAAAAAAAUUUAGAGAACUUGGACCUGAGACUGGAGAUUCAACUGUGGUGUAAUGACGAAGAUGAGGCGUCAGAGUCUGAUGCCAAGAUGGAACUGGCCAGUACCAGAAGUCUGCUGCUUCACCUGUCCCCCACCAAAGGGCUCCACCACUCACUCCCUGUGCUCUUUGACUACUUCCACCUCUCCGCUGUUGAAGUUGUUAUACAUGGUACCAUCAUAGCUAUACAUCAGCCUUACCUCACUAUGCCAAAGUCACAGAAAGGGUCUAAAGUACCAGAUCAGUCAACAUUAGAAGCUGUUUAUUUUGGUCAGAAACUUACAACAACACCCCCUAGUAAUGUAAAUAGUAGUAGUUUUCGCUUGCAACAAGCACACCUCAUGCACAAGACAAUAUGCAAAAUUCUCCUCUCUGCCCACGAGAGCUUGCAGGAAUCUUUACAGCUCUUUGCCUCCAAGAUACCUGGAAACAGUUUCCAAUUAGCAAAAAAAGAUUGUCACACAAGGUUGGGAGAGGCUGUGAUGAAAGUUCAGGGAGUUCUGGAAGAAGAUGACCUGAUACAGACCGCCAUCACAGACAUCACCCAGCUGUGUGCUGAGAACGUCAUCCUCUGGGCACAGUUCCUGGAGAUUGUCUUGAAGCAGCCGCAGAUUCAUCAUCACUUAGCUAGAGAACAUCAUCUCAUUAGGAUCCGUAGGUUUGCUGAAGGUUUUUUCACCCAUGAACACAAUAAAUCAUCUUGUUUGUCUUGUUAUGACCCAGGACUCCAUGGACAUUCAUCACUGGCUAGCAUGGUUAAAGCCUCGCUCUACUUCACCAACCUUCCCGCCAUCCCUGUGGAGUGUACAGAGCUGGAUGGGGAUGACAAUUCAUUGCCCAUCAUAUUUGAGGACAUUUACCAUGAUGCUAGGGCUCCCCCUCCCCGUUUGGAUCUUAUUUCAGAAGUUUACCAAAAAGCCACACUGCACAAGGAGAGCAGCAGCGCCACAGGAUCCCCGCGGCAACGCUCCUCUUCUAACUCCUCCUCCUCACUAGCCAGUGACCGCGGCGCCUCGCCCCACUUAAGAAAGAGAUCCUCGACAAAAAAGUUCAUUAAAAACAUGAAACCCGAGGGCUUCAAGCGGCCGUCGUCCUACUACUGCAGCGAGGCGGAGGCGGCGCAGGCCAAGAUUGACAGCGCCAACGCUGCCCCGGCCGGAGUUACUCUGAUUGGCUACCGCAAGAUCCCCAUGCCGGAUUAUGUCCCGUCGGCCGCUGUGCACCUGGGGACGUUUAGCCCAGACUCUCCUGACUCUGCCAGAGGUGUGAACUUGCCCGGGCAGCUAGAGAAGGCCCACAGCACAUCCAUAUCUUCAAUAUUCCCCACAGCCUGCAUGAACCGCGGCAGCGAGGAAUCGCUGCUGGACAUCGGCGAGGCCACCUACAGCAGCUCCGACUUGUCCGGCACCAGCACGCCCCGGUCCAGCGUGGCAUCUAGGCCUGACAUUGCUGGUCAGCAUUUACCCCCCAUAACACUUCCAGAAGGACCCUGCAUUUCCAUCCAGCCCCCAGCGCCAAGUCCCGACCCCAGCUUGACUGUUACCCCCCAACCGCCCAUUCCACCAAGCCAGUGUGAUAACGUUUCUGUCAGCUCAGGUACAUCAGGGGAAAGACAUUCCAGUGACGAGAACUCAUCCACGCAUCAAACUCUGACCAGCACUCACCCGAACCCCACCCUGCUGGUCAACACACCAAGCAAUAACACCGCUCACAUCUCUAAACAGGACAUCAACAAAAUAGCAGACGGCAUCAGUUUAGCCCUCGGGGAAGCAGAACCGAAACAGUUGAUCAUUUCUUCCAACGAUGACGACUUCAGUGACGAUGACACCAAUGUGGCGAACGGUUUUGACGACGUCCUAGACACAUAUCGGCAGGAUUUUUCCACCGGUCAUUCGACGACGCAAGAGAAAACUUCCUCCCCGGGAACGACCGCCACGAAACAAACCAACCAGGGUCUGUCUAUGUCGUUUGGUGAUAAAAGUUCAGAGAAAUCCCUGGACACCCCCCAUACCCCCCACACCCCAGACUCUAGAAACAAUGACAGUGCCUUAGGGAGUGAGAUAUCCUCCCAGGAGGAGAUGAGCUACUCACCGUCGCCUUCAGGGAGUAACAAGCCGACGACAGCGGAUGGCAGCGCCGACCCGGCCGCCACAACCCGCUUCUCUUACAUGGACCCGCGUCAGAAAGUGACUGUGAUAGAGUUGCUGAAAGAGGAGUACAGGCGGUCUCACCCCGCAGGGGAUGCUGCUAAAGAUACCCCUGAUUCCCUGUGUGCUGAUGUGUCCACCAUACAUCCCAGCUUCACCAAAGAAAACACCUUGAGUGGUCAGCGGGCAGCCAGUGAUUCAGAUAUCUUAAAGAACUGUGAGGAGGAUGAGAAGGAUGGCCAGGAGCUUAUACACAGGGCAAGCAUUGAUGGUAGUGACAAGAGGAGAACUCUGCUGUCUUCAUCUUCCUCGUACCCAGAGUUAUCCCAUGCAGUCAAACCUGAAACACCACGUCUGGUGUCAGUGGUUGGCCACAGUACAGUCAAUUUUGUCCAGUUAAGAGAAAGCCUCAAACUGCAAAUGAAUUUUCCUGGUCAUUUAUACAGUGAGUGUCCCAACUUAGCUUCCACUAUUCCUUAUUUCCAACUGACCAGUGAUGCUGAUGAGUCAUCUGGUAUUCACCUCAUAGUCUGUGUGCAUGGGCUAGAUGGUAACAGUGCGGACCUUAGACUAGUUAGGACUUACAUUGAGAUGGCCCUCCCUGGGUUUAGACUGGAGUUUUUAAUGUCUGAAAGGAAUCAGCAAGAUACUUUUGCUGACUUUGACAAAAUGACGGACAGACUGGUGGAAGAAAUUUUAUCCUACUUGGACACUUUUGGGUUUGACGUCACAAGAAUCAGCUUUGUCGGUCACUCACUGGGCAACAUCAUCAUCAGGUCAACACUCUCCCACCCUAAGGUGGCCCACCUGUUACCCAAGCUCUACACAUUUUUAUCUCUGUCUGGUCCUCACCUGGGGACUCUCUACAACACCAGUGGACUGGUCAAUAUGGGAAUGUGGUUCAUGCAGAAGUGGAAAAAGUCUGGCUCCUUACUACAGCUCUCCCUCAAAGACCACACAGACCCCAGACAAACAUUUAUCUACAAGCUCAGUCAGAAGCCUGUGCUCCACCACUUCAAACAUGUCCUGCUGGUGGGGUCUCACCAGGACCGCUACAUCCCCUACCACUCCUCCAGGAUUGAGAUCUGUCGGGCCGCACAGAAGGACACCAGCACUACAGGUGCUAUUUAUAGAGAAAUGGUGCAGAACAUUCUAGAGCCAAUCAUCCAGUCAGCCACCUGCACGCUGAUCCGCUAUGAUGUGUUCCACGCCCUGCCCUCCACCGCCAACACCAUGAUAGGCCGGGCGGCCCACAUUGCAGUGCUGGACUCGGAGAUCUUUAUUGAAAAAUUUCUCACGGUCACGGGGUUGAAGUACUUUCAGUGAAUCCUGUGACAGUGCUAUCUAGGACUAGAGUACCAUAUGUGACUGAAGUACUUUCAGUGAAUCCUGUGACAGUACUGUCUGUGACUAGAGUACCAUAUGUGACUGAAGUACUGCCAGGAAAUCUUUGAAUGCAGUACUAAAUGUGACUGAAGUACUUUCAGUGAAUCCUGUGACUAGAGUACCAUAUGUGACUGAUGUAUUUCUAGUACUUCUAGAACUCCUGCUACUUUGUACUUCAUGUAAAUUAUGUGACUGAGGCACUUCAUGUUAAUCAUGUGACUUGGGGCACUUCAUGUUAAUCAUGUGACUUGGGCACUUCAUGUGAAUCAUGUGACUUGAGGCACUUCCUGCCUGCAUGUAGGUCUGUACUUAUCUGCUGAUAAUUUACCUGCCCUUAAACUUUAUGGCAUUUAAUUAAAACUUAAUGAACGUACAAAUACUACACUACAAAUGUUCUCCUAAAUGCACAAGUAAAGAACUUAACAUCUAGUUUGCUACAUCCCCUUAAAGAAGUAUUUCUAUAUAAAGGUGUGUAGAAUACUGCAUGUACUACUUAUAUUGUUACAACAACUGUGUAGGGGGACAUGAGUUUAGACUUGUUGCUGUGUAUUAGCCAAUAUUACUCUCCAGUAUUUGACGUGUUUCAAGGCUUUGGUCAGUCCCUGUGAUACUGUGACAUAAAGAAAAAAAAUUUGGACAUUAAAGAAUCUGUUACAUACUGGAUGAUAGAUUCUUCUUGUUGUUUGUUUUUUUGUUGUAUGAUAUGUGUACAGCUGGUGUACACAGCUGGGCUGGCUGAUGUACACAGUAGCAUUCUUGGUAAAUUUUAAAUUGUAUAUACUGAAGGGUGUAAUUUCACAAACACUUAUUUUUUCUUGUUUUUUUUUUUUAUAUUAUUAUUAUUAACAAAGUAGAAUUCUUUUUUAAAGUUAGUGUGUUUUGUAAACACGUUCAUUAUUACCUGUGGUUUUUUUUUUUUACUAAUUAUCUACCAGAGUACAGAAAGGUAUUGUAAAAUUUUAAAAAAAUUGGGGUUGUAAAUUGUAUAAUACAGAAUAUUCUUUAUGGGGGUUGGGGAUAUUUUCAUAAUAAGAGCAGCUGUCACACAUACAAUUACUCUACUUCAUUAGCCCUAUUCAUCUUUGAGGGGGAAAAAAUUAUUUUAUUUUACUGUUGGUGUAUUGAGUUCUAAAUUAUUUUUGUAUUUUAAUUUUUUUGGUAAUCAUCCGCCACUACACAAUAUUUGUAUAAUUGUUUUUAGUGUAAAUAGGUGCUUAUGACUUUAUUGGUAACCUUUUUUUUUUCCAGUAAACUUUCUGUGAUUAACUGGUGCAUUUUUUUUUGGCUAACUUUCUGUCACAUUUAUCAGGUUUUUUUUUUAUGUCAGCUGUUCUGUUGUUUGUACUGCUGUUAAAAUGUUAAUCUCUGCAUAAUAACUUUACAUGGUUUGUUAGAACACAACUAGAGGGUAUACUGAGUUGAGAAUUAGACUGUGAAAGCCUGCCCAUUAAUUGUUGACUUAUGAAAUAGUUUGUGUACACCAGUAUGUUGAUGGGUUAGGAUCUAGAGUGUACACUGUAUGCCCAUAUGUUGAUGGCUUAUGAUCUAGAGUUUGUGUGUAGCCAUAUGUUGCUGGAGGUCUCUCCCUGAUGCAAUACAAACAAUGCAAUUUGGUGAUCCAUUAUUUCAUUGAUGUGCUUUGCUCUUGCUGCCUUCUAAUAUUUAAAGAAAGGCUACUCUUUAUUAUAUCCUAUACCUCCCUUAGUUUUAUUUAGCUGCCCAUUUCAUGAUUGAAGAAAGACUACUCCUUUUCUUUAUAAUAUCAUUUACCUCCCUUAGUUUUAUUUAGCUGUCCAUUUCAUGAAUUCAUAUUUUCCAUUAUAAGUAUAAGGAAAACCGAUUAUAAUAAUUUUUGUGUUAAAUUCAUCAGUGUUUAAUAGUAAAUAGGUAAGGAUCUUGGUGUAAGCAAAGUUUACUUUAAUUUCUUCUGGGAAGUAAAUUAAAAGUUCGUGUCAAAACAGUUUAUGGCAUUGUCAUUUCAAUCCUGUAUGACAUAGUUUCAACUUUGGCUAUUAGUAAAUUGGAAACAAUAAUUGAGCUAUGUCAUUGCUAUCCCAAUCUGAUUGUGCAGUUUGAUUUAUUUCAACAAUUGUUGUUUUUAAACCUGGUUGCUUGUUUUAGAGUUUUAGCUAUGUUUUAUAAGACGUUUAGGUUAGCUUUCAUUUUGUAAAAAAAAAAAUUAAUAGACUUUUUAGGAGAUGUAUUGCCUCCCUUGUCAUCAAUGCUUUAGCUAGCUGUGUUCAAAGUAUUUAAAUGUGUUUAUUAUAAACUACAGUAUAUUAUAUAGAAUCUGCUAUUCUCUCUUAUAUCUAUGUUAAUUUCUUAAUUAGUUAAGUAUAGCUUACUUAGAUUAAGAUUACACAGCUUUUGGAACAAUAAAAUGAAUUACAAGUCUUUUAUGUAAAUAUUUUAUAGACAAUCCAGUUCUGAUUGCGUUUAUUAAAUAUGUUCUUUGAAUGUGAUUUGUUGUUAAACCUAUUGUUUAAAAUCACAUUCUUAAAAAAUUUUAAAUACCUCCUUUAAAACUUAGCUCGAUAAAGCUGUUUUGUUUAUAUUAAAUUUUAUCAGCUUUCAAAUAGAAUAUAGCUUUGAGAUCAAUUUAUAAAAUAUAUCAGCCACCCUAUUUUUUAUUUGUUAAGUAUGAUAUGCAGAUUAGAGAACUUUAUUACGGUUGAGUUGUAUCACCCACUGCACAAGGAAAAUCAUAACUAAGCUACUAAUUUCUACACCUGUUUAAUUUUUUGUUCAUUCAAUACUCAUGUUUUAUUUUUGUAACUAUUUAUUUUUUUUUUCUUAUUGUUUUAUCUCACUUUUUUUUUUGUUAUUUUUAGCUUGAUUUUUUGUUUUUGGUAUUACCUUAUUUGUAUUUUACUAUUUAGCUCUAUGUUUGUUUUAAAGUUUGUAUUUUCUUCUGUUAUGUACUUACUGUUUAUUUAAGUGUUUUUGUGUUUGUUACUAAUUGAUAGUGCUGUUGAUUGAGACAAAUAUUCAUGACAUCUUGCUACACAUUACAUAUUAUCAUAUACUUAAUAUAUCAGCAAUAUUUUAUUAAUACUUGCAUAUAUUAAACCAUUUUACAUAUCAUUAUAUUUCAACUACAUAUGAAUAUUGAUAUACAAUUAUUCUAUAUCAUGGAGUCUUAGGGUCUAUAUUAUAUAACAUGAUAUUAGCCAUGAACUGUAUUCAAGAAAUAUUUUCUGAGACAGAAUGUUUGAUUGCCUUCUGUGCCAUAUGGGUGUGAGUUAAGGUUUUAUAACAUACAAAUUUUUUUUUAACACUAAGUUCGACAAGUCGCCUCUAAAUAUUCUCAAAAAUGAAGCAGAUUCUACAUGUAAAACAUCGUACCAAUUUAUUUAACGACUAGUAAAGUGCAAAAUUAAUUAAUUUAAUGUUAAUUGAUGCUGCGUAAAUUUUUAGUUUUUAAAUAUCAGUAUUUUUUAAAAAGGGAAAUGUAAAAUUCUGAUAAUGGAAGUCAAUGUGACAAGUUUGUAUAAAAUUGGUUUUGAAAAUACUGGUUUGGGGGGGGGUAAUUUUUUGAGAAAGUAUUCUUAAAGAAAUGGCUGGCCCCAUAGUAUCUUCACACAAGUAUGCUCCAGCCUGUCACUGUAAGUAACUAUUUGUUGUUAACAUGCAGCCAGGAUUAUUUUGAAGAUGUUAAGUCCAGAAAAUACUCUUUAACCCAUCAGCAAGCUCAAAGUCAUCAUCUUUGAAAGUCAUAUAUUCAAAGAGAAACAUUAAAUAUGUAUGCAUGAAUUGGUUGUGUUAAGCAUUCUUAAUAAUCUAGUUUUACCAGAAUGAGGUUUUAUUUCUACCUUUCAGUAUAGUUCACAAAUUUCAUUUUUUUUUUUUUCUAGACCAUUUAAUGUUAAAGAAUGUGGUAAUUAUCAUUUCAAAGCAAAGCUAGUAAAAAUUUCUAAUUUUUGCUGACUAUAUUCCAUUAAUUAUCUUUCAAUCAAGUUCUUUUUCAUUAUUUAAAUAAAACAUAAUAACAGGUUAAUUUUUAUUUUUUGUGCGAUUAUCUCCCCCAUGUAUGCAAUGCUGUUAGAGUUGUGUGCUCAUCUCAAUGAAGUUUUUUAAAGUACACAAGUAUUUUUCUAGCCUAGACAGGUUGUGUUCCAUAGAACAAGUGUUUGUGAGCUGGUUGGUUUUACCAGGUGAAGCUGUUGGGCCAUCACAACAGCUCCACCAUGAUUUGUACAUUAUUCUGAAUAAAUAAAAU